GGGAAAACGUAGCACGCUCGAGAUGCGUUGCUUCGCUGUUUAAAAAAACGACAAAUUGCUUAUUAUGCGUAUUUUCUCCCCUCCUAUGCACUCAAUGACUAGCAUUUGAUAACAGAUGUGUUUGUGAUUUGGUAUUAAUUUCGUAUUGAUUAUUACUAUCUGAUUAUUUAUAUCGUUUUUUCAGUAAACCAUCUUUCUACAGUUAGAUUAAAAAGUUUUCAAUAAAGUUUGCAGUUUAAAGUAUAUACUUUGAUUUUUACAUUCUCUCUAACGUGUUACAUUCUGUUUCGCAGCAACGCCCCUUUAAGAUUUAGAUCUAUUGUCAAAGCACUGCCGCCUUUUUUGCUUUCACUUUUGAUCUACGCAUUCUUCGCUUGUGCGAUUUUUUAAAACAACUAACAGGAUGACCAAUAAUUGUGAACCUAUUGCUUCAUCAAUGUAUUUUUGGUGAACCGGUGCAAGUUAGUGAAUUUGGGUAAGGGGGUAGUUCUGUUUAAAUGCGUCAGAGGUACUUUCCUGAAGUGGUUUUAGUGCGUCAUGUUUCCUCUGGCUUGAUCUUUAUAUAUCAAAAUUACUCUCUUCUUGAUGUUACUCUGAUGUCGACAGUAUGAGUUUUCAGGCAUUCCAGGUUGACAAAUGAUCAACUGUCGUCCACUGCAACGAGCUGCAUUGCUGUUAAAGAAACUGGAUCAUCAGCCCUUACUCUUCUUUUUACAAGAAGACGAUGGCUCUUCCGGACCAAUGUCAACUUCAAGCCAUUCAUCAAACCGCCGCUGCCCUGGACAGCCGUGAACGCAGCAUGCUCUUCUACCUGUGUGGCGUCACAGACGCGAACAACACGACGCUGUGUGUCGAGGACUUUCUGAGAUCCAGAGUUAUCCGACACGAGAGGGCUCACCUGUUCCUCACAGAGCUGAUGCUGCAGUUGGGACGCUUUGAUAUCUUGAGGGACGUCUAUAAAACCAGCCGGGACGAGGUGGAAAAAUCUCUGGCUCACAGGAGGGUUCUGCCCAGUUUUAGAGUGUUGAUGGCUAACAUAAACGAGGGUAUGGACCAUGAAGAUCUGAACAGUGUGAAAUUCUUGUGGGGCAGCACCUUGUCCCGUGAGAAGAUAGAAAAUGCACAGAGUUUCAUUGAUUUGAUCAUUGAGCUUGAGAAGCUGGACAAAGUUUCACCUGGAAGAGUCGACUUUGUUGAAGAAUGUUUGAUAAAUAUCGGGAGGGUCGACCUUGCCAAAAAAGUGACUGCAUACAAGAUGUCGGCUGUGACAUCUGAAGGGCAUACAUCUCUACAGCAGAGACACAGAGCUCCUUGUCCAUUCCCCACUCCAAAUGGUUCCCCUUGUCUACAGCAAACAUUACGAGAACACCCCAUCCACAAUGCCACAGAAAACAUAUCAGCGCCUGUCUACAGAGAGCAGAGUCAACUGGAGUUCUACAAAUGUAACACUGAUCCCAGAGGAGUUUGUGUUAUCAUAGACUGUGUGGGUAAUGAUGGAGACACGCUGGAACAGACAUUCAAGGCUCUUCACUUCAACGUGCUCCUGCACAGAUGGCUGAGUGGGCCCGAAGCUUUCUCGGUCCUCAGAGGGAUAUUCAGCCAGAGGGAGAACCUCAGAGGCGACUGCUUCGUCUGCUGCAUCAUCAGCCGCGGUACGGCCAACCAUCUCCUGGGUACGGACUCCUACGGCGCAGGUCUGCAUCUGGACGACGUCAGACGUCUUUUCAAUGGAGACGCAUGUCCCGCGCUGGCCGGUAAGCCCAAGGUCUUCCUCAUCCAGAGGUACGACAUCCCUGAGAUCCCGCAGUGUGCUGGGACGCAGCACCGGGACGAGGAUCUGGAGACGGACGGGUGGUGCGGACUGUCGAGGUGUGAUGUGGUCCCGACGGAUGGAGAUGUGUUUUGGAGCCACUGCUGGACGGGUGAACGGCAACUGGAGCGGGGAGACCAUAGCUCUGUUUACCUGAAGGUCCUGAGAGACGCUCUGCACAAAGGUCAAAGGAGGAAAACGCAUCUAUUGGAUGUUCAUACAGAGGUGAAUGGGGCCAUCUUUGAACAUAACAAGAGGAACCCUGGAGCACACUACCACAUCGAGCUGAAACAUACUUUAAGGAAAGAGCUUUACUUACAUUAGUGUAUUCAUCACUAUGAUAUAACGCUUAAUCACCAUCAGCGACAUAUUUACAUAGCAUAUUACUUGCCUGUGAAGGACAUGCAUCUUUUUUUUACUGUGCAUGCAGUGACACCUGCUGGUUGAAGGAACCGUAUACUCGUUUGUUGCUUGUUUUGAUUUAUUUAUUUCAUGUUUGAAAGUUACUUUUUUCAGAGCCUCGCAAUAGAUUAAUGCAAGACAAAAAAGUAAAUAAAUACAAAAGACAAUAACUGUAUACUUUUAUAAUAUGCAAUUGUCAUUUUAUCAAAUGUAAUUGAUUUAUUUUUUUGAAGCAUUAAUCUGAAUUGCCUUUGAAAUACCUCUUCCAGGUCAGCUUAAACGUGUUUGUAGCACCGCUUUUUUAAAAUUAUUAGACUUUUUAGCCUCUGUGAAGAAUUGGUUGAACGAAGUACAUCUUUUGCUCUACUAUUACUGUUAGAUCUGUUGUUACAAUUAAUAUAUUUUGUACUUUUCUAUAUUUUUUUUUGUUAUUCCCUAUAACUACCUUAGGAUUUAUAAUCUGCAUUCGGAGUUUGACUUUGAUCUUUUUUUUGAACAUUUUAUAAUUAAAACCAAUAUUUACGUUGGCUAAAAUGUAAUCAAGUGUGGAAAUAAAUGACUAAUAUGUUUGAGAAGUGUCUGCUUCAUUA